AUGGGCUAUUUUGUUCCUCAUAAUAAGCUUGAGAAUCUAAAACAAUACAAAUAUCAAAGUGAAGAUCGGUCAAUUGUCACUCACUAUGUUCUAAAGCCAUUUUGGAGAAAGUUUGCCAACAUUUUCCCACUUUGGAUGGUGCCAAAUGUGGUAACCUUGUCAGGUUUUUGUUUUAUCAUCAUCAAUGUGUUAACAGUUUUAUACUACGACCCAGGGUUAAACCAAGAGACUCCACGCUGGACUUAUUUUUCAUAUGCCAUUGGUUUAUUCCUGUACCAAACUUUCGAUGCCUGCGAUGGUAUGCAUGCUCGGAGAACGGGUCAAUCAGGACCUCUCGGAGAAUUGUUUGAUCAUUGUAUUGAUUCAUUGAACACAACUUUGUCAUUAUUCCCAUUUUGUUCUGUGACUGGGAUAGGAUAUGGAUACAUUUUCAUUUUUAGUCAGUUUGCUGUAUUAGCUAACUUCUAUUUGAGUACAUGGGAAGAAUAUCAUACACAUAUGCUGUUCUUGAGUGAAUUUUCGGGACCAGUAGAGGGUAUAUUGAUGAUCUGCUCCAGUUUUGUUCUAGCAGGUAUCUUUGGUCCAGAAGUCGUAUGGCAUACAAAAUUAUUCAGUUUUUCCUUGUUUGGUUUCGCCAUUGAAGUCGAGAACGUGCAAAUCAUGAUUGCCUUUUGUGGUGUUGGUUUGUUGUUUAACGUUUUAUCUGCAAGAAAUAAUGUCAUCAAGCAUUACAGGAAAGAAGACAACGUCACUUUUAAAGAGAAGCAAUUGAAGGCUAUGGAAGGAUUGCUGCCAUUUAUAGUUUACUAUAUUUCUGUCUUCACGGCUGUCGCGAUCGAUCCAAAUUUUAUUGAUUUCCCAUUUAUCUAUUCCAUUGGACUCACAAUGGCGUUCGUGGUCGGCCGCAUUAUUACCGCACAUUUAACAAAACAGUCUUUUCCAAUGAUCCAUCCUCCAAUGUUAAUUCCUUCGCUUCAAAUCGCUCUACGUUGCAUUGCAGUCAAUUUUUUAGGUCAUUCAGAAACUAUUGUGGUAACGGCAUUGUCUUGGAUGGGAUUGGGACUUGCUCUGGGAAUCCACAUUAUGUUCAUUAAUGAUAUAAUUUAUGAUUUUACGGCAUAUUUGGACAUUUAUGCAUUGUCUAUCAAGCAUCCAAAGGUCGCAUAG